AUGGCUCAUGGUGGGACGAACUUUGGUUUUUAUAACGGUGCAAAUACUGGUGCCAAUGAGUUAGACUAUGAGCCUGAUCUUACAUCGUAUGACUAUGAUGCACCUAUCAGAGAAUCUGGUGAUGUGGACAAUGCUAAGUACGAAGCUCUUCGAGAUGUUAUUUUGAGAUACAGUUGGCCAACAAAAACAACGGUUCCUCCUGAUAACAAAAAGGCAGCAUAUGGGCAUAUUAGGCUACAUAAAGCAACUUUGCUCUUUGACAUCAUUGAUAAUGAUAGCUCCUUUUCGGUGGUUGAAUCUGAAAACCCACUGUCAAUGGAAUCUGUUGGUCAGAUGUUUGGCUUUUUGCUGUAUGUGUCUGAAUAUACAUCAAAAGGCGAUAAUAGCACUUUGUCCAUACCAAAGGUGCAUGACAGAGCCCAGGUUUUUGUAUCAUGUGCUUCUUCUGAUGAUGAUAGAGGGAAAAGGCCAACUUAUGUCGGCACCAUAGCAAGGUGGUCAAACAGACCCAUUCACCUUCCUCAUAGUAAAUGCGCUUCUCACCCUAAGAUUUAUAUUUUGGUGGAAAACAUGGGUCGUGUGAAUUAUGGACGGUACAUGUUUGACCGGAAGGGCAUCUUAUCUCCUGUUUAUGUGGAUGGAAGACCUAUUUACAAGUGGAAAAUGUUCUCCAUUCCUUUUCCCAACCUAAAUGAGGGUCAAAAUACUAAUGUCCUUCCAGAUGUUUAUUCUAAUUUCUUUGAAGCAUCUUCGCACUGGAUUUUGAAACAUAAAAACUGGGUUAGUUUGGAACCAACUUUGUACAGGGGUCAGUUCACCAUUGACCAAGUCAGGGACACAUAUAUCUCUUUCAAUGGCUGGAGCAAGGGUGUCGCUUUUGUGAAUGGUUUUAAUAUUGGUCGAUAUUGGCCGUCUGUUGGACCACAAUGUAGCUUGUAUGUCCCGGCUCCAAUACUGCAAGAAGGAGAAAAUAUUCUGGUCAUGCUUGAGUUGGAAUCUGCUAGCAAUGAUCCUUAUGUCAGCUCAAAUGAUCAACCGGACUUCACAUGCAUGUCAACUGGGGCAAAAUUGAACUAA